AGCCACACCUACUAGACAUGGCUGUUCACGUGUUCAGAGCAACUUCAUCUUCUCGACUAGUUUUCUCUUCAUUCAGAGGAUUAUUGAGGACACCUGCUAGCAGUUAUACUACUGAAAGUGCCACUGAAGAGAUUAACGAAAUAGCAGAAUUGCCAGGAGUAGAUAAUAGCUCUUUUAGUGGCUUAUCGUUAAGAAAGUUCUCAAAAGAAAUAACGGACAAAUUACUAGCACCUGUCAAUGAAGAAGACAUAGAGAUUAAACCAGAUGGUUUGAUAUAUUUACCUGAAAUAAUGUAUCGUCGUAUUCUCAAUCAAUCCUUUGGUCCUGGGGGGUGGGGCUUAAUGCCACGAGGUGAAAUCAUUUAUCAAGGUGAGUCUGAUGGUGCCCAAAUGGUAGCUAGGGAAUAUGCUCUUUAUUGUGAGGGAAGGUUUGUGUCUCAGUCGCUAGGUGAGCACACCUUCUUUGGGAAGACUAACCAGCAGUAUGGUAAUGCUUGUGAGUCAGCUAAGUCCAGUGCAUUGAGGAGGUGCUGUAAGGAUCUGGGGAUAUCCAGUGAACUAUGGGACCCUAAGUUUGUCAAUCAGUGGAAAGAUAAGUAUGCUAUUGAGGUUUGGUGUCAGAAUCAAAGGACAAAAGAGAAAAAGAAGUUUUGGGUCAAGAAAAACUCAAAGCAGCAAUUUAGUUAUCCAUGGGUAGCAGCUGCCUGACUUUAAAUUAACAGACAAGUUUAAUUUAUUGUUGCUAAUCAUUGUCAUAUUGUCGCUAUCAUGUGCAAUAAAUUUGUGGUUAUUAUCUAUUAAUUUUGUGGAUUGAUUUAAUUAUAUUUCUGGUUAAUGGAAUUUUAUCAUUCAGUA